UAAUAUGGCUACCGUAGCGACCAAACUUCGAAGGAUAUAUCUGACCUAGAAUACACUUUUUGAAACGUCCUAUUUAGUUAAAAAGGAUUGUACUGAAAAAAUACGUUUUGGUGGAUAGCUCAUCAAGAAAUCUCGUCGCCAAAAUGAUGCUCUCAAGGAAGAAGCCGGCCGUAGGCCCUGGUUCAGGAAACACGGUGUCAUCUGCUAAGGAGUCGAAAAAGAAACGCAAGUUGCCAAAAUUGGAGGAUUUUUUACAAAUGAGAGACUAUACUGGAGCUAUAACUUUAGCAGAGUUUAACCGCAACUCUGGAAAGGGAAGUGAAGAGACAAAUCUUUGGAUUGCAUACACAGCAUUCCAUUUAGGAGAUUACAAGAAAGCCAUGGAGGAGUAUCUGGCUCUAACAAAAAGUGAAGCUUGCCAUCCAGAUGUGUGGGUAAAUCUUGCAUGCUGUUACUUUUUCCUUGGAAUGUACAAGGAGGGUGAUGAGAUGGCUUUAAAAGGUCCAAAGAGUAGACUUCAAAACAGGCUGUUAUUUCACUUGUCACAUAAGUUUAAUGAUGAGAAAAGACUGAUGACCCAUCAUCAAGCCUUACAGGAUAUUAUUGAGGACCAGCUCAGCCUAGCCUCUAUCCAUUACCUGAGAAGUCAUUACCAAGAAGCUAUUGAUAUUUAUAAGAGAAUUCUUCUUGAUAACAGGGAUUAUUUGGCCUUGAAUGUGUAUGUUGCCUUGUGUUAUUACAAACUUGAUUAUUAUGAUGUCUCUCAGGAGGUACUAGCUGUUUACUUGCAGCAUUAUCCUGACAGUGCCAUUGCAGUAAACUUGAAAGCAUGUAACCACUUUAGACUCUACAAUGGGAAAGCAGCUGAGGGUGAGCUUAAGACUCUACAAGAGACAGCAAGUCCUUCUUUUAGCUUUGCCAAUGAUCUCAUUAAGCACAAUCUGGUUGUUUUUAGAGGUGGUGAAGGUGCCUUACAAGUUUUACCACCCCUGGUGGAUGUCAUUCCUGAAGCUCGCUUGAAUUUGGUUAUCUAUUACCUGAGGCAAGAUGAUGUUGUGGAAGCUUAUAAUCUUAUCAAAGAUUUGGAACCUACAACUCCCCAGGAGUACAUCCUAAAGGGUGUGGUCAAUGCAGCUUUGGGACAGGAACAAGGAUCUAGGGAACACUUGAAGAUUGCUCAGCAGUACUUUCAGCUUGUUGGUGGAUCAGCCAGCGAAUGUGAUACCAUUCCAGGAAGACAGUGUAUGGCAUCGUGUUUUUUCCUUUUGAAACAGUUUGAAGAUGUCCUUAUUUACCUCAACUCAAUCAAGAGUUACUUCUACAAUGACGAUACGUUCAAUUUUAACUACGGCCAAGCUAAGGCGGCUGUUGGCAAUUACAAAGAAGCUGAGGAGAUCUUUUUGCUCGUCCAGUCUGAAAAAAUAAAAAAUGACUACACAUACCUGAGCUGGUUGGCGCGAUGCUACAUUAUGAACCACAAAGCCCGCCCUGCAUGGGAACUGUACCUGAAGAUGGAGACAUCCGGGGAAUCAUUUAGUUUACUGCAGCUUAUCGCAAACGACUGUUACAAAAUGGGUCAGUUCUACUACGCUGCUAAAGCGUUUGAUGUGUUGGAGAGACUGGACCCUAACCCAGAGUACUGGGAAGGAAAGAGAGGGGCCUGUGUUGGAAUCUUCCAGCAAAUCAUCGCUGGUCAUGAACCCAGGGAAACACUAAGAGACAUUCUCCAGAUCCUCCGAAACACCGGAAACCCUCAAGUGGAAUACAUCAUCCGUACCAUGAAGAAAUGGGCAAAGGAGAACAGAAUACCUGUAACGUAAACCAGCCGAAAGGCUUGCCAAGACACAAAUUAUCUGCACUUUAAUUUAAAAAGUCGUGCUGUCAGUGUGAAGUGUACAGAUGAAGUUCCAACGGAGUUUGAGUUCCAUAACAGUGCAUUUUAAAGCCCUUACCGUGUUCGUAAAGGUCUGAUUCAAAUCUUUAGCGAAAACAGUCACAACGUCCCUUAUAGCAAACCGUCAUUGAAAACGUGGGAUGACUUGAAAAAACAUUGUCAUGGAUAGCACGAAGUUUUGUAACGUAUUUGAAAGGGACGCUCACUCAUCUUUGUGGAAUGUAUGAUUUGUAAAUAUACAUUAAUUAAACGUUAUUUAACCAGUUGA